CUCCAGUAACUGGAGGUACAAGAUCCAUCUUCCCCGACCUCAACUUCAUUCUUCAGAAGGUCUGGGCUGUGAACUGCUGCUACAGCCAUGGCACCCAAAAAGAACAAGGCAACCAAGAAGAGCAAAGGAGACAUCAAUGAGAUGGCCAUCAUGGUUGAGGACAGCCCUGUCAACAAGAUCAAUGGGCUCAACACAUUGCUGGAAGGAGGAAACGGCUUCAACUGCAUCUCCACUGAGGUUACAGAUGCCGUUUACGCCCCCAACCUUCUGGAGGGGUUGAGCACCAUGAGGCACGAGAGCUUCCUCUGUGACCUGACAGUAGCCACCAAGUCAAAGUCUUUCGACGUCCACAAGGUUGUCAUGGCCUCUUGCAGCGAGUACAUUAAAAACAUCUUGAAGAAGGAUUCAGCCCUCCAGAAGAUUGAGCUGAAUGACCUCUCACCUGUCGGCUUAGCAACAGCCAUUACCUAUGCAUACUCUGGAAAGCUCACCCUGUCGCUGUACAGCAUUGGCAGCACCAUUGCUGCAGCCAUGCUGCUGCAAAUCAACACCUUGGUGAAGAUGUGCAGCGACUUCCUCAUGCAGGAGCUCAGCGUGGAGAACUGCAUGUACGUGGCAAACAUCGCUGACGCCUACAACCUUAAAGAAACCAAGCAGGCAGCGCAGAAGUUUAUGCGUGAGAACUUCAUCGAGUUCUCCGAGAUGGAACAGUUCCUGAAGCUCACCUAUGAGCAGAUCAGCGAUUUCCUCUCCGACGAUUCCUUGCAACUCCCCUCUGAAGUCACCGCCUUCCAGAUCGCAAUGAAAUGGUUGGACUUUGAUGAGAAGAGGUUGAAGUACGCCGCAGAUCUUCUGACUCACAUCCGCUUCGGCACCAUUUCCGCCCAGGACCUGGUUAAUCACAUUCAGAACGUGCCUAGAAUGAUGCAGGACCCUGAGUGCCACCGCCUACUUGUUGACGCCAUGAAUUACCAUUUGCUGCCCUACCAGCAGAACAUCCUUCAGUCACGUAGAACCAAGGUGCGAGGUGGCCAGAAGGUGAUUCUCACUGUGGGCGGACGCCCAGCUUUGACGGAGAAGUCUCUCAGCAAAGACGUUCUCUACAGGGAUGCGGAUAAUGUAUGGAAUAAGUUGACAGAAAUGCCAGCAAAGAGCUUUAACCAGUGUGUGGCAAUGCUGGAUGGCUUCCUCUACGUGGCCGGAGGUGAGGACCAAAAUGAUGCAAGAAACCAGGCCAAGCACGCUGUUAGCAAUUUCUGCAGGUAUGACCCCCGAUUCAACACUUGGAUUCAUCUGAGCAACAUGAUCCAAAAGCGGACCCACUUCAGCCUCAACACCUUCAACGGCCUAUUGUUUGCAAUUGGUGGCCGAAAUGCUGACGGCGUUCAAGCCUCCAUGGAGUGCUACGUCCCGUCCUCCAACCAGUGGCAAAUGAAAUCAGCGAUGGAAAUCCCCCGCUGCUGCCAUGCCAGCGCUGUCGUCGAUGGCAAGAUCCUUGUUUCUGGAGGCUACAUCAACAAUGCCUACUCCAGAGCUGUGUGCUCGUAUGACCCAUCCACAGACAGCUGGCAGGAUAAGGCCAGCCUGAGCACACCGCGCGGCUGGCACUGCGCCGCCACAGUCGGAGAUCGCUCCUACGUCAUCGGUGGAAGCCAGCUUGGCGGUCGUGGAGAGAGGGUGGAUGUGCUUGCCGUGGAGUCAUUCAACCCUCACUCCGGGCAGUGGAGCUACGUAACCCCUCUUCACACGGGCGUUAGCACAGCUGGUAUCUCCAUGUUUAACAACAAGAUCUAUCUCCUGGGAGGGUGGAACGAGGGCGAGAAGAAGUACAAGAAAUGCAUUCAAGUUUACAACCCAGACCUCAAUGAAUGGACUGAAGAUGAUGAAUUGCCAGAAGCAACAGUCGGCAUAUCUUGUUGUGUUGUAACCAUCCCCACGAGGAAAACAAGGGAAUCAAGGGCCAGUUCAGUUUGUUCUGCACCAGUCAGCAUAUAACCAGCGCUAUUGAUGAUAGUGUACUUAUCGAAGUCUGUCCAGCUUUUCAACCAGAAAUCCUUUCCGUUGGGCUUACUAAUCAGCUUUUCAGAUUCACAAAAUAACAAACCCAAAAGUUUAAAAAUGAGGGGAUUGAAUGUCUAUGAAAGAGAAAAGCUGGAAAUAUCAGUAUCCUUUUGGGGCCAAUUAAACGCUGCAACAUUAGAAGUCUAUUUAUUUAAGUACACAAUUAUAGCAAUGAAACUGAACACUGAAAUCUGCCCUGGGGUUAGUGGGAAAGGAGUCCCGUUUUGGUGACAAAAGCUACUGUGAUUCUCAGAUACUUGAACAGAAGGAAAUGAAAGCGGUGGUCAAGCAUAUCGGAAGUAGGUCUACAGCAGCAGGAUUGUGUGAUCAUCAUACAUGCUCUCUUUACAGCAAAAACAUUUUGUGGAUAAACGUUAGAAGUGGACUGAAUGGAAGUUUCAAAUGUUUUGUAUGAAAAUUAAAUGUAACUAAAGAGAACGCUAUGUGCCUGAGCUCGCCUGGGAAUGACCUGGCGACUCAC